UGUCACGCGGGUGACCCGGGUUCGAUCCCCGGCAACGGCGUUUUUUUCUCGUGUUUUUGUUAAACUCUCACAUUUUAUGUUUCCUCUGCGACUCUUGCCUUGCCGGAGAAGACACGCCACGUUCGGAUUCCAGAGUUUCUAACUUUAACGCCACUUCUCAACUGUUUCGGGACAAAGCCAAACCACCACACAAAUUCGGUUUCAUGAAAGACAAAAAAAAUGUUUCUUCCUUGGCUUCCAUGUCCGCCACCACCCCACGGCCACAGAUGUCCGACGUGUCACUCUCACGCCACAAACUAACGUCAACGGCCAUCCACAUCAUGGCCUUGGACGGCAUCUUCAACGUCAACUCGCUUUUCACUCUCGCGCUCUUCCUCGGCCUCUCGUGGAACCCCACCAUCGACCCCUCCUCCACGCUCGUCGGCGGCACGUGCGUGGCCGGCUCCGCCAUUGCCGAAGACCUGGUGACCUUCCACGUCUACUCCUUCAGCUCCUUCCUCUUCUCCAGCCUCAUCGCCUUGGCUCUCAAACAGGCCAUCAAGAUUAGCAAACGUGGCAGUGAAGUUAGGAAUAUCGGUGGUGGCGGCGAGGUGUUGAGUGUCACCAUGGGGCAUCUUAACACGGCGACGCUGCGGGUCGGGAUACUGGUUUCGGCAUUCGGGUCGGUUUUCGGGUGUGGGUUCUUGAUGAUGGCGCUGGUGGACUUGGUUCAGAUCAAGAUGGGGGUAUUGGGUUGUCGGAGUUGGGAUACUUUGGCUGCAAUUGGUCCUCUGGUGAUUUUGGUUCCUUUGGCGCUCUUCAUUUAUGUCUUUCUUGUGCUCUACGCCUUUACUCGCUAGGCCUUUCAAUCCAAGUUUGUAUAUGUUUCAUGUUGAACCCAACGUUUGUCUGAAAUUUGUGGUUUCUCCAUUGAUUCGUCUUUCGUCCCGGCCGGUAUUGGCCGGACUAUAUAUACCACUUGAAUAUCUAGAAUAAUACUUGCAAAUACCCAAUCUAAGAGCACUCAAAAAUCCAUUGAGAAAAA